CCUGAGAGGGUCUGGCUGGGCCUGCUGUAGAGGCAUCCAUUUUGAGAAUGGUUUCUGCCUCACAGCACUCAAACGUCUGCUAAACUCACAACUGGCCAGUGUGGAGUUUGCCCUUAGCAACAACAAGUUCCUCUACAACAAGAAAAUUAAUAUUUCUUCCAUCCUCAAUGAUUAGCUAAACCCAGAGCCCCCUUACUGUAUAUCAGCCCAUAGUAUGAAAAACUGGAAUAAGAUAUUCAAGAGAGGAGACCCGGAGAGUGUGGAUGGGAACUCCUCUUUGAAGAAAAACUCCUUGAACAAUGUCCCGCUAGAGCUAACACCUCAGAGGGCCUUAGAGGACGACCUUUCAGAUGACGCAAACUCCACUGCCCACUCAUCCAGCACUCCCCCAUACGUACAAGGAGUGGGAGAUGGUGGGGACGAGGGGACCCUUAAGGACAGGUUGAGAACUCUCCUCCCCCAAUCAUGGGGCAGUAUUCUCCAGAAAUGGAGCAAGGGUGAUGCUGACUCUGACCUGGGCUCCACAGGGGUCAAGAUUGUGCCCAAUGGGACCAGGGUGAGUCCACCUGUCAGUCCCAUACUGGAGAGGAGGUACUGGGACACUCAGGACUCACUGGGGACCUCCAGCAAGAGUUCUCAUAGGCCAUUGUUGAGGGACAUUCCUAUAGACAAUGACCUACUCCAUUAUCUUCCAGAGGAAUCAGAGCUGACCAGUAUCCAUCCAGCUGAGUACUAUGCUGAGAAGGUGGAGGUCUACAAGCUGAAAUACUCCUAUAUGAAAUCCUGGCCUGGGUUAUUGAGACUCCUGGCUGGGUUUGAGCUUCUCUUUGGGGGUAUGGUCCUCGCCUGUGUCUGUGCCUCCAUCCAUAAGGACAGUGAGUGGUCGAACACCUAUGGACUGUACAAUGGUGCGUAUAACAAUGGAUAUGGCACAUCGGGGUACUCCUAUAAUGGACCUAUGACUCCAUUCGUGCUAGCAGUGGUUGGGGUGGCGUGGAUUGUAACCAUCCUCCUACUGGUAAUAGGGAUGACUAUGUACUACCGCACCAUCCUCCUGGACUCACCCUGGUGGCCUCUCACUGAAGGCAUCAUCAACGUUGCCCUGUUCCUCCUCUACAUGGCUGCUGGUAUCGUGUACCUGAAUGAUCUCAACCGUGGGGGGUUGUGUUACAUGACUAUAGGUAUUAACCCCAUAAUGUCCAGCCUGUGUCGGGUGGACGGGGGCCAGAUGGCUGGCACGGCCUUCAUCUUCAUCAACAUGCUGAUGUACCUCAUCAGCUUCCUGGUGUGUCUGAAGAUGUGGAGGCACGAGGCCGCCCGCAGGGAGGUGGAGUUCUUUGAGAACCAGGAGCAUCUGAGGCCCAUCCCUGUGCCCCAGAUCAAAUCUCCCAAUCCCCAGACCAAGAGGAUUGUGUUUGAGGAUGAGAUGGACAGCUCAGUGAGGGCAACCAAACUUCUCCACAUCACAGACUUUCAGCAAGAGGAGCCAGGCAGCCGUAACAGAGCCAACCCCACAGGGUACGCCCAGAAGUCCAGAGUCAUCGCAGACUAUGUCAUGAAGUAUCCAGAAAUCUCCUCUUUGGAGGAUAGGGAGAAAUACAAAGCUGUCUUUAACGACCAGUAUCAGGAGUACAAAGACCUUCACAAAGACAUCAGUGACACCCUCAUGAAGUUCAGAGAGCUGGAUGCCAUGAUGGGUAAACUCCUCAAAGAUGGCAAUAGUCAUGAGGAGCAGAAGAGAAUCCAGCGGAUUUUGAAGAAGUACGAGCAAAAAAAGACUGACCCUGCCUUCCUGGAGAAGAAGGAACGAUGUGACAAUCUGAAAGCUAAAUUAAACCACAUCAAGAACAGGAUCCGCAAUUUCGACCAAGACACCAUGGCAAAGGGUAGGACGUGAAGAAACAGCACGUACACUGAGGGAACAAAGGGGCCAUUAUUAUUCUGUUCCUGUCACGUCUUUUAUUGUCUUCUCUGUGAGUUUAUGUCUGCACUAAUUGUGUUUUUGGUGUGUUACUUAUGUAGGUUUCAGUAAAUAUCUGUACAAAUCAGUAAACUGUGUGUUGUUACA